CCAUGACUCAAGUGUAAGAAGAAGAAGCGGGCCGACAGUACAGUGUACACUGCAGUACAUGCAACCGUAAAACCGCUCUCAGUCUGGCUCCGUUUUUCUCCAACGCCAGCGACGGAAGGGGGGACAACUAGACGUUUGCGUUUUGAAGUGAAGUGGCGACGAUUUCAACCUACCCGGAAACCCUAACUUGCCGUUCGGACACGAACCGCGCUGUGUGUGGCAUCUGUGGCCUGCAGAGGAUUGGGAACAGUACACCACUUUCUCCUUGACUACUCAGUGUAACGGUUUUUCCAAUCACAGACAUCAAAACAGAGCCAAAGUCCCCUCCUUCUUUUUCACACUCUACUCCAUCGCCUCUCCUCUCUGACUACUGAUAGGGCAGAGAUGGAGUCAACAGAGGAGAGAAACAGCGAGAGGAGGAGGCGGACAGUGAGGGAGGGAAAGAGAGUUCGUGUACAAGGGAAGGACUAAAGUAGAAACAAAGAAAUGCUGCAGGUGCAGCAGGAGCAAGGCUGCUCUCAGGUCAGAACAAACCCGUCACCAUGGACGUGGAUGAGGAGGAGAAUAUGAGUUCGAGCAGCACCGAUGUUAAGGAAAACCGAAACCUGGACAACGUGUCCUGCAAGGAUGGGGUGGGAGUGGCUGAGCAGCUCCCCAAUGGAGGCGGCCUGGGCAGUCGAAAGCGUCCCCUAGAAGAGGGAAACAAUGGACACGCGCACUCAAAGUUCCGGGCCAAGAAGCGCAAGAAAACACCAGGGCCAGUCCUGCCCAAGAAUGCAUUGAUGCAGUUGAAUGAAAUCAAACCGGGUCUACAAUACAAACUGUUGUCUCAGACAGGACCAGUCCAUGCACCAGUUUUUGUCAUGACCGUGGAGGUCAAUGGACAAAUGUUUGAGGGCAUGGGCCCCACUAAGAAGAAGGCUAAACUAAAUGCAGCCGAGAAAGCGCUGCGCUCCUUCGUCCAGUUCCCCAAUGCCUCUGAGGCACAUCUUGCCAUGGGUCGAACAUUGACGGUGAACACAGACUUUACUUCGGACCAAGCUGACUUCCCAGAUAUGCUCUUCAAUGGCUUUGAGACACCAGCCGCGCCAGAAGAAUCCUUUUAUCUAGGCUCUAACGGUAGCAGCUCCUUAAACUCACUAGGGGAGUACCCACUGCCCACACCACCCGGCAGCAACCUUGCCCAGGCCCCACUACCCCCUCCAUCAGCAUUCAGCUCGCCCUCCAGUGGCAAAAACCCAGUCAUGAUCCUCAACGAGCUCAGGCCAGGCCUCAAAUAUGACUUUGUCUCAGAGAGCGGGGAGAGUCAUGCCAAGAAUUUUGUGAUGUCAGUAACGGUGGAUGCACAGACGUUUGAAGGCUCAGGGCGAAACAAGAAGUUGGCUAAAGCCCGGGCAGCACAAGCUGCCCUCUCAGCUCUCUUCAACAUGCAGCUAGACCAGACACCAUCCCGGCAACCCAUACCAAGAGAGGGAUUGCAGCUUCACCUACCCCAGGUUCUGGCAGAUGCCGUCUCUCGCCUGGUGGUGGAUAAGUUCAGUGAGCUGACAGAUAACUUCACCUCCCCUCAUGCACGACGGAAAGUCCUAGCAGGAGUCGUCAUGACAACAGGGACAGAUGUGAAGGAAGCACAGGUCAUUUGUGUCUCCACGGGAACCAAAUGCAUCAAUGGUGAGUACAUGAGCGACCGUGGCCUGGCACUCAAUGACUGCCACGCCGAGAUAAUCGCCCGACGCUCGCUCAUCAGGUACCUCUACACUCAGCUGGAGCUUUUUCUCAGCAACAACAAGGAAGACCACCAGAAGUCAAUAUUUGUGCCGUGUGAAAAGGGAGGCUACAGGUUAAAGGACAAUGUUCAGUUCCAUCUCUACAUCAGCACCUCGCCGUGUGGAGACGCCAGGAUCUUCUCUCCACACGAGGCCGGAGUGGAAGACCAAGGUGACAGACAUCCCAACCGGAAAGCAAGGGGGCAAUUACGGACCAAAAUUGAGUCAGGGGAGGGCACCAUUCCUGUGAGGUCCAGCAACACCAUCCAGACCUGGGAUGGGGUGUUGCAGGGAGAGAGGCUGCUCACUAUGUCCUGCAGUGACAAGAUCGCAAGGUGGAAUGUGGUGGGCAUUCAGGGCUCCUUGAUGAGCUACUUCACAGAGCCAAUCUACUUCUCCAGCAUCAUCCUUGGCAGCCUCUACCAUGCUGACCACCUCUCCAGGGCCAUGUACCAGCGCAUCGCAGAUAUCGAGGACCUGCCCCAGCAGUUCACUCUCAACAGGCCUCUGCUCAGUGGUAUAAGUAAUGCAGAGGCUAGGCAGCCAGGCAAGGCACCCAACUUCAGUGUGAACUGGACAGUGGGUGACCAGGCUCUGGAGGUGAUCAAUGCAACUACAGGCAAGGACGACAUGGGUCGUGCUUCACGUCUCUGCAAGAACGCCCUCUACAGCCGCUGGGUGCGCCUACACUCCAAGUUGUCGUCCAUUUUGUGGGUCAAGAUGCUUAAGCCCAGCUCCUACCAUGAAGCCAAGCAGGCGGCCACAGAGUACCACUCUGCCAAGCAGGCGCUCAUCAAGGCCUUCCACAAGGCUGGCUUGGGGGCCUGGGUCAAAAAGCCCAUUGAGCAAGACCAGUUCACCCUCAGCUCCUGAGGUAGUCAAGGGACCAAGGGAUUCCUAAACCCCCCAUUCCUUUUUCCCCCCGACCCAGGAGAGAGCCCCCCGAUUAACGACCAGCCCACAGAGACUCUUACCUCCGUCCCAUGUGUGUCGGCACGCACGAGCACUUUGUACUUGUGGAAAUGAACGUGCGUAGUCUCACAAACCAUCCAUAGCUCAUCAUUCUGUUUCCUCAGAAGACCUCAGCCUCGCCAUGUCUUUUCUCAUGUUGGUUUUUGUCCUUUUAUUCUGAUUUUAAUGGAUGGCAUUUUUUUUGUUCUGUUUUUUUCAUCUGCUUAUUUUUUGUUUUAAAACUGGAAUCCAUGGUUUUUACACCACUGAGCUGUUUAUGUUUCCCAGAGUAAUUAUGUUUUUAUGCCGUAGAUGUGGAGGUUGAAGAGAUACAGUUCUGUCUAUUUUCCUCCAUCAAUGAGUGUAGCCAGUUUAGGGUGAAAUGUAGCCUAGAAACACAGGAUCUUUGUUACCUUAAAACCGAUGUGUAUGGACCUGA